AUGAAGGUUCUCAUCUUACUCUGCCUGGUGGCAGCCACUUCUGCCCUUAUCGGAAACACUCAAUCCGCUGGUGUUCGCGGAAAACUCAUCUGUAACGGAAAGCCGGCUGUUGGAGUUUUGGUGAAACUCUAUGAUGAUGACAGAGGUAUCGAUGCUGAUGACCUCAUGGCUUCCGGAAAGACCAAUGGAAACGGGGACUUUGAGAUCGCUGGACACGAAGACGAAGUCACUCCAAUCGACCCCAAGUUGAACAUCUACCACGACUGUAACGAUGGAAUCAAGCCAUGUCAACGCAAAUUCACCAUCAAGAUUCCGGAUAGCUACAUCUCAAAGGGAAAGACCGCUCGCAAGAUUUACGACGCCGGAGUCAUUCAACUCGCCGGAUCGUUCCCGGGAGAAGGUCGUGAUUGCCUUCACUAA